AUGACAGCACCCACCAGUAUCUACAGCCCUCUGGAUACGGCACGUCGGCAGAUUCGGCUUUUGCGCUUGCACUCGUCCGGCUUGUUCGACGACGACGUUCCCCGAUGCGGUCUACUCACCGUGUCCCUCGACAGCCAAGUGCGUCCCAGCUACGAAGCAGUCUCCUACCGCUGGGCGGAGAAGGCGGGAACAGAGCGUAUAGUCGUCGAUGGUGUGCCCACAGUAGUCCCAGCGAGCGCCGCGAACGUUCUGAGGCAGUUCCGUCGGUCGGAUGGUGGUCGCAUGCUCUGGAUAGAUGCCAUCUGCAUCAACCAAGCUGAUGUGCGUGAGUGGAGUAGCCAGGUGGCUCUCAUGCGCGACAUCUACAGCUGCACGGAGCGGACGUUGGUAUGGAUGGGCGAUGCGGACGAAAGCACCGAAGCCGCCUUUGCGACUUUUGACAAACUGGCGAGCGAUAUCCAUCAGAACCAAGAACAAUAUGCGAGGGUGGAAGACGCCUACGUCCGGCGCCAUGAUAUACUAAGGGAAACCGAUAAGCCUUUGCCAAUAGGUUGCGAUCUAGCAGCGCUCGAUGCCGCCUUCUCACGGCCGUGGUUCGGACGUCUAUGGGUGGUGCAAGAAGUCGCUUUUGCACCAGCUACACUGUGCCGAUGUGGUGCCUGGGAAGUCUCCUGGUAUCGCGUCGGUCAGAUUACACUGUGGUUGUCUCAUAAGUCCUCCACGACGGAUUGGGACCGCUCAGAACACUGCGAAGACGGUUUAAAUACAGCCCUUCGCGGCAACUUCGUUCCGCGCACCCAGAGGCUCAUGGACCUCCUUGAUUUUGCGACGUAUAUGGAAACGACGGACUUGAAAGACAAGGUAUAUGGAGUCCUGGGCCUUCAGCGCCGGGAGCAGCUCCAAGUUGCUGAGCCUGCCGACCUGCCUAGCGAGCUGGAAGUCGAUUAUGAGAGGAGCUUACCCGAGACAUACUCUCAAGCCACCUGCGAGGCCAUACGGCAAGAGCAAAGGCUCGCACCACUGAGACUUGUCAGAGACGGGGCCUCCGGCCGGUCGGCCGCAGACGACAGAUUUCCCUCUUGGGCGCUCAGGCCAGAUAUCCGGAUAGACUUCCACUUGGGAGAUGCAACACGUCUCCAGAGGUGGCGCUAUGCUGCCGACUCGAAUUCUCCUCCGAGCGCCGAUGUCCGAGUUGAGUCGGACGGUGAUUCAGACUGUGUGGUGGCAACGUACGAGACUGCCUUCUCUGGUUCUUCUCUGGAGCUGUGCCAAGUGUUUCCACAGCUGUUGCCGUUCCUCAAGCGACAUGUACGGCCGUGUGAGGACACGAAGCUCGCCGAUGACCUCUUGACUAGCGUCGCCUGCAUCAAGUACCGUGCUGCAAACGUCGUUGUCGACACUGCGACACGCGCCCAAGUUGUCCGACUCUUUCUCGGGGGCCAAUUGGCUGAGCUUCUUACGGCGAGCGACGCAGUCAAACUCGUCACCACGGACGGCGCCGGUACGUGCUCCCACCGUCGCCUGUUCGUCACUGCCUCCAGGCGCAUGGGAAUCGGACCGAAGAGCACGCAAGAGGGCGACCGGAUUGCGGUGCUCUUUGGGGAAUGUUUGCCCUACGUCCUUCGUCCGCAAGCGCAAGCUGCUGAAUCCGCCCUCCUGCCGCCACCGGAAGAGCCUCGGAUCGAAGUAGCAGAAGACAACAACGGAACUACAAUGUCCUCCACGGGCUCAACAAGCACAACGACGACGACGACGCGGAGAUCGCUGCCCGUUGGAGAACCGACACUACUCACAUCUGCGGGUGAAGACGAGAAAAAGGUGCUGAAAGGAAAGUAUGAGCUGGUCGAGCACUGCUAUGUCCACGGGAUCAUGGACGGAGAAGCGGUGCGAGAGCACAUGGCCGCUGGCAAGCCUCUUGAGAGGUUUGAGUUGGUGUAG